AUGAGCAGCAGAAACGCCACACGCAGCAGCGCAGACGAAGAAACGCCGCUUCUCGGCCGAAAUGGCUCCACCGGCGGAAAGUCGGAUAACAUGGGGACUGUGCAGCGGUUCAAACGGCACAUGAACUGCGAUGUCACCAAGAACUGGGCAGACCUUGUUUUGUUGUUUUGCUACAUUAUUACGGGCCUACUGGAUAGCUCGGCUGUCUUCAUAUGGGGCUCUUUCGUGAGCAUGCAGACGGGUAAUACCGUCUAUCUUGGACUGGGUGUUGUUGCACCAUCUGAGGGCAUUCGUUGGAUCAAGGCCCUAACGUCCAUUACUGCAUUCUGUGCGGGCUCGUUUUGUUUCGCGCGCUUUCAUCGUUACUUCUCGCCUGCCAAGAGAUGGGUGCUCAUUGUUUCAUAUUCUUUCCAGAUGCUGCUUAUCGCCGUAGCGGCAUUGAUCGCGACGGUCGGAAAGGAUACCAAGGAAGGCCUUCAUUGGCAGAUGCUUGUCCCACUUGCUUCGGUUGCUUUCCAGUCCAGUGGACAAGCGGUUACGUCGCGCGCCUUGAAGUACAAUGGUCUCACUAGUGUUGUGCUCACCAGUAACUAUUGCGAUCUGUUUUCCGAUCCGCAGUUGUUCAAGCUGUCGAACGUGGAGCGUAACAGGAGAAUUGGUGCACCAGCGAUGCUGCUUCUGGGAGCUUGCAUUGGUGGUCUAUAUGCCCACAGUAGUGUAGGCCUUGCAGGUGCCUUGUGGACUGCUUGUGGGUUGAAACUGCUUGCAGUUUUUGCCUGGGUUUUUUGGCCGUCGGAAAUUUUGGAGGAGUAA